GGGCUGCAGAACAGAGAUUUGUUCUUCACUCUUGCUUAAAGCAGAAUGAAAGCUCAUAAACUCCUCUCUCUGGGAAGCAUCUUCUUGUUCCUGCUUUUUUUCCAUCAGACCUGGGCUCAAUUCCCAAGAGAGUGUGCCACUGUUGAGGCCUUGAGAAAUGGUGUGUGUUGCCCAGACCUGUCCCCAGUGUCUGGGCCUGGGACUGACCCCUGUGGCUUCUCAUCAGGGCGGGGGAGGUGUGAGGCAGUGAUAGCAGACUCCAGACCCCACAGCCACCAUUACCCCCAUGAUGGCAGAGAUGAUCGGGAGGUUUGGCCCACACGGUUCUUCAACAGGACCUGCCACUGCAAUGGCAAUUUCUCAGGACACAACUGUGGGACUUGCCGUCCAGGAUGGAGAGGAGCUGCCUGUGAUCAGAAGGUUCUCACAGUCAGGAGAAACCUCCUGGCCUUGAAUACAGAAGAGAAGAACCACUUUGUCCAGGCCUUGGAUAUGGCAAAGCGCACAAUUCACCCUCAGUUUGUCAUUGCAACCAGGAGAUCAGAAGAAAUAUUUGGGCCAGAUGGCAACACACCACAGUUUGAGAACAUUUCCAUUUAUAACUACUUUGUUUGGACACACUAUUACUCAGUCAAAAAGACUUUCCUUGGGCCAGGACAGGAAAGCUUUGGUGAGGUGGAUUUCUCUCAUGAAGGACCAGCUUUUCUCACAUGGCACAGAUACCACCUACUGCAGUUGGAGAGAGACAUGCAGGAAAUGUUGCAGGAUCCUUCAUUCUCCCUCCCCUACUGGAAUUUUGCAACUGGGAAGAAUGUCUGUGACAUUUGCACUGAUGACCUGAUGGGAUCAAGAAGCAACUUUGAUUCCACUCUUAUAAGCCUGAACUCUGUCUUUUCUCAAUGGCGAGUGGUCUGCGAAUCCUUGGAGGAUUAUGAUACCCUGGGAACCCUUUGCAAUAGUACUGAGGGUGGGCCAAUUAGGAGAAAUCCAGCUGGAAAUGUGGCUAGACCAAUGGUGCAACGUCUUCCUGAACCACAGGAUGUCGCUCAGUGCUUGGAAGUUGGUUUAUUUGACACACCUCCUUUUUACUCCAAUUCUACUAACAGUUUCCGAAACACAGUGGAAGGUUACAGUGAUCCCACAGGAAAGUAUGACCCUGCUAUUCGAAGCCUUCACAAUUUGGCUCAUCUAUUUCUGAAUGGAACAGGGGGACAAACCCAUUUAUCCCCAAAUGAUCCUAUUUUUGUUCUCCUACAUACUUUCACUGAUGCAGUUUUUGAUGAAUGGCUGAGGAGAUAUAAGGCUGAUGUAUCCACAUUUCCAUUGGAAAAUGCCCCUAUUGGGCAUAAUAGACAAUACAAUAUGGUACCAUUCUGGCCUCCAGUUACCAAUGUAGAAAUGUUUGUUACUGCUCCAGACAAUCUGGGAUAUACUUACGAAGUUCAAUGGCCAAGUCGGAAUCUUAGUAUUCCUGAGAUUGUUACCAUAGCGGUAGUUGCUGCUUUAGUACUGGUUGCAGUCAUUUUUGCGGGUGCUUCUUGCCUGAUUCGUGCCAGAAGCAACAUGGAUGAAGCGAAUCAACCUCUUCUCACUGAUCAGUAUCAACACUAUGCUGACGACUAUGAAAAAAUGCAGAAUCCUAAUCAAUCUAUGGUCUAAUAACAAAUGACCAAUUCUCUUAUGCAUUAGUAUCAUAAAACCACCUGGUUGAAAAAUAAUAGAUUAAAUUUCUUACUGUAUUUUCUUUCCUUCCAUUACUUUCUUCCUGAUGCAUGCACAUAUUAGAAUUAAAACUCUAAAUAUUAUUUUCUAUAGCUAGGGAGAGUCACAAUUGUUAAUUGGUUCUAUUUUUCAACUCUAUUUAAAAUGGUAGGUUGUACAUUAAUUAGAAUUUAAAUAAAAACUUGAAACAUUAAAAAAUAAAAUAAAAUGGUAGGUUGUAGGCACACAUCCUAACCCUGAUCUGUAACUCUGACCCUAAAUCCUAACCCUCUGGAGAGGUCCCUGAACUGCAAAAUACCGGGCACAUGCCCUAACUCCAACCCUGAAUCUAAGAAAGUAGCUUCCUGAACACAUGGUAAGAAAAGCUGAGAAGCAGCUUAGUUAUCUUAGAGAAGACCCCAAAUAUUUAAAAAUUGGCAGUUUUUCUGAAAAUGGUCAUGAAGGUAGAGAUUUUUUUAAAAAAUGGUAGUUUGCACUAACUCCAUGGUAUUUAAGCAGAGAGUGUGAAGAUUUUUGGCAUGUUUUAAAGGUCAACUAUAUGACAAUGUAAAUAAACUGUUGUGCUUUGUUUAUGUAUAAAUAAAAAAUCAUGAUAGU